AUGGAGAAAUCCAAAAACUUCCGAAUUGACGCCCUGCUCGCUGAUGAGACCAACCGGGUGAGCCGAAAUAUCUCCCCCGGUCUGAGCAGCGACAGCCCCGCAGGCAGCCCGGUGUCCUGCCGCCGAGCGGACACACCGUCUCCGCGGGCCGCACAAUUUCAAGGAAUAUUACACAAACCGGGUAUCCUAAAUCUCCCGCAUCCAGGACUCGCUUCAAUUCCCGGCAUGUAUCCUGCACCCAUGUACCCGUUGUCCGCGUUGGGUGGCCAUCAUCCCGCGUUCGCAUACACCGGCUUCACACAGACUUAUCCGGAGCACCUGAAGAUGGCUGCCAUGGCGGGGUCUCUGCCCCUGGAGCACUGGAUCCGCGCCGGGAUCAUGAUGCCGCGGCUGCCAGAUUACAGCACGGGCCCUCAGUCUGGUCUGUUGGGGAAGUGCCGGAGACCCCGCACCGCCUUCACCAGUCAGCAGCUGCUGGAGCUGGAGAACCAGUUUAAGCUCAACAAAUACCUGUCCAGACCAAAACGCUUUGAAGUGGCCACCUCACUCAUGCUGACUGAAACACAGGUCAAGAUCUGGUUCCAAAAUCGAAGGAUGAAAUGGAAACGUAGCCGGAAGGCGAAGGAGCAGGCCACCGCCUCUGCUCCAUCUGACUCACAGAGACUACGCAGUGGAAGAAAACCAGCCAUGGACAAAUCAAAUGAGAGCAGACGAGGUGUGAAUCCAGACGACAGAGAGGUAGAUCUUGAUCUGGAGGAUGGGGAAGAGGAGGAAGAGGAGGAAGAGGAGGAGGAGGAGGAGGAGGAGGAAGAAGAGGAGGUAGGCCAGCAUGGUUUUCCUGUUGGGAUGCCACGAUCCACGGACUUCUUGCAGCGCACCACCGACGUUGGCUACAAUCCCCACAGCCCUUUCUCUGAUGAGGAGCUGGAGGGGGUGCCAGUGGGAGGUGACAGGAAGAUCGGGGCAGGACUGUGA